GGUUCGAAGGAGAGCUUUUGCCCGGAACGAAAGCAUCGUUGGUGGGAGAUGGAUAUAAGCCCAUCGGUCGAGAAUAAUGCUAUCAGUGACUUCGUGUUCUCUCGCAUAAAAUAACCUAAGAUUGGAACUUUUUGUUCUUUUGUGGAAGAAACAUUAUGUUCAAGAUUUUGUACCUGCUUUGUGCCAUCUUCGCGUGGUGCGAAGGGAUUCUCGUAAGUGGUUACAACGGAGCCGGUCACACGGUUUCUUAUGCUGAUUACGAAGGCCUCGACGCGGGAUAUGCGGGAUCUUCGGAUUACGAGGGACAUGCCGUUCUGCCAACGAUCGCAGUUCCGGUGCACGCGGUCUCGGCCGCACCGUUACACGCCGAUUCAUCCUUCGAUCAUACUUUCCAUUCCUACAAGCAGCAUCACGCCGACAAGGACCACGAUUAUUAUUCGCACCCUAAAUACACCUUCAACUAUGGUGUACACGAUCCACACACCGGCGACGUGAAAACACAACAUGAGGUCCGUGACGGUGAUGUUGUUCACGGUUCUUAUAGCGUGAACGAGCCUGAUGGAAGCGUAAGAAUCGUCGAGUAUACAGCAGACGAUCACAAUGGAUUCAAUGCAAUAGUGAAGAAGGUUGGACCAGCGAUUCACCCGAAAUCUGUAUCAAUCGCCAAAUACGUUUCAUCGCCAGCUUAUUACAAUCAUUAUGACUAGGAAAAUCGAUUAUUUUUAGACAAUUAAUUAAGAGAUUGUUUAUUUAAUUUUAAUCAGUCCGCAAUGUCCUGAAGAAACGUUACUAUCUUCCAUCUCUCUUUCUCUCUCUCUCUCUCUCUUCUUCUUUAUCUAUCUAUCUAUCUAUCUAUCUAUCUAUUUAUCUAUUUAUCUAUCUCCAUCUGUCUCUCUUUCUCUCUUCUUUAUGUACCUCAAUUCGCGCCAAAUAUUCAAACAGGCGUCCGCCAUAUUGACUACUCGAGUAGAGUUCUCCUCGUGUAAAGUUGUAAACGUACGAGCGUUUAACUAUUCGUCCAUCGUAAAGAUUAUAAAAAUCUUUCGGAACGUACUCUUCUUACCUCGAAUAAAUAAAUAUUUAAUGAUAUUUAUAUGAAAAUACAAAAUCAUCUUUAUUGUCAUUUUCUACUCACCGAAUAUGAAAAUAAUUAUUUUAAAUAAAUACGAGUAUUAUUUUCCUUUCAACUGAUUUUAGAUCAUCUUUUUUUUAUAUAAACUUGAUUCCAUAAUCAACGAUUCAGAUAAUAUAUCUAAAUGAUUAUGAAAAUGUCUGUUAAUAUUAUGAAAGAUUAAUAUAAUAUCCAAACAAAAUAUUAACAUAAAAAUAUCUUAAUUACUCAUGGACAUAUGAAAAUAUAUCUCACAGAAUUAAGUCAUAAUAUUCGAUGAGACUAGGAUAAUGAUAAGAAAGAAAGAAAGAAAGAAAAAUAAUAAAAAGGAAGAAAUUACGAAGAUGCGAUUUUUUCAAUCCGAUUCUAGAAAGCAUUAGGUCAUUAGCUUCUUCCCUAAAAAAAAACUCGUUUUUCGCUCUUGUAUGCAUUCAUAUCAUAUUUCGACCGAUCGAUAGAAUCGACAAAGUCUUCAACACAUAGAAGUAUCUUACUUCGAGAUAGAAAAGUCAUCACUUUCCUCACGAAAGAAUUCCCUUCAGAGAAGAGGUUUUGAUUUCGUUAUUCGAGCGGAAUAAAGCUGGAAUCGAAGAGAUCCGACGCCGUAGAAACGUAGAACGAAUCUAGCGUGAAACCGAAGAGAGUUUGCAUCGUAGAUAAGAAGAUGAGAAGGUAUAUACAUACAUAUAUAUAUAGAGACAUAGUAUAUAAAUCUAAGUCUAUAAAAACCGAAACAGAAUUUCUAAGUAAAAAAACAACCUUGAAUGAAACGUACUACGGUAAACGUUAAAAAAAAUCUAAUCUUCGAAAGCCGUUAAGUUAAUACCUGAAUGAAUUUAAUGUAAAUAAAAUUACAUAUUGCUUUAUAAGAUAUUUAAAUUCCAUUUAAAAACCUAUCCUUCCGUACUGAAAAAAAAAGAAGAAAAUUUCUAACACAUCACUUUUAAAAUGAUAUUCUUCUUACGAUUACUACAAGUCGAUAGAUAAAAUCCUGCAAUAAAGAAAAAACUUGUUGCUCAACUUGUAUGAUUUUUAUCUCCUGUUCAUUGUGUGGAUAAUGAAUCAUUAUAAUAAUUUCUUGUAAAUAAAAAUGAAAAGGAAAGAGAAAACUUUCGCUUUCGUUUGAAAUUAUCAUAUUUCGUGGUAUCAUCUUUAAUUGUCCAUUUUCGUCCAGAAAAUUAAUUAAAAAUUUAAAUGAAGAAGAAAGUUUUCGCAAUUCUUUAAAGUUAAUCAGAGUUUUAUUAUAGAAAAGAAAAUUACAACUGAAUUAAUGUCUCAAUUGAAAUAAAAUUUAUUAUCGUUUAAUUCAAGAAAAUUUGUUAACGUUUGAUUUUAAUUAUUAUUUGAUAUCCUGU